CUUGUUCAGGUGAGAACCUCUCAGUCUCUAGAGGAUAUCUUCGCCUCAGCUCCUUUUAUUCUCUCCAAUCUCGUCUACGUCACCGCGAACGUAAAACAAGAAUGUAGAAAACCCUGAUUACUGCAUUGCACAUGCAUGGGUCACCCACAGGUGGAAAAAUCGACGAUCCCCUACGUGUUGCAAUCAAGGGAGCUGCGUGGACGCACUAAGUCCUUUGUUGCUGAAGACUUGCAAACUCACUAAGGUGUGGUUUAUUGUAACCAGCCUAUCGCCUCUUGUAGCCAUAAACACAGGUGUUAUCUGGUGCUGACAGCGGGUAUCUCAAGUCAAGCGCUCUAAUUGCACGUCGCACGUAAGCGUUUGCGUCAAUGGUCAGAAUGUGUAACUCAUUUAUGCCAUGCAACUCAUGGAUCAUAGCUUUUACUAUGAUCUGGUCAUUCCUAUUUUAAGCUCGAAUAAUCCAGAAUAAAGAUUAAAAAAAGAAAGCGGAAAGUCCCGAUGAGAUAAACCCUGUUUAAAGGACUGUGCAGAUUUUUUAAAAGAAAGAUAUGCUCGUUAUUACGUGCGCGCGAGGUCUUAGUCACCUGAUCUCCUUGCAUUACUAUUCAUUUAUCUUUCAAAUUUCUCGUCGUAUCAGUAAAGUGGGAGACGGAUUAUGAGAGACUUGCAAAGUAGCACUUGGUCACAAAUUUAAUGGUGUUGCUAUGCUAAAUGCUGCUUAGCCUGGCCAUUGCUGCCGCCUUUAUUGUAGUAAUGAUGGAGAUUUCUGCCGUCCAGUUGCCAUUUUUGGACAGGGUACAUCCCACAUACUUGAACCUGUUGAUCUCUUGCAGUUGUUCAGAGAUCACCAUUCACUAAAACUCCAUUUACUGUGUUAUUUGAGCUCUAACUCGACGCCUCGUGAACAGUUCUUUGACAGGGAAUGUCAGCUCGGUAUGACACAAAGCGGCCCUAUACUCCUCCAGGAGUAACAAGGAGUAAACUAAACUAAACAUGCCACAAAGCUUCACCCAAGACUCUGUCAAACGCCUUCUUAAAGUCAGUGAACUUUGUGGAAGAAAUCUCAUUGCUGCAGGGUUUUAUUUAAGGACAGGUUUGUUCUUUUGCAUUGUCUAAAGCCAGCCUGUUCUUCUACUGAAAGGGUUAAACAGGCCGAUGGUUUUGUAGCUAGCUUUGUAUAGUUUCUUCUCUUGAGAAGACCUCCAGUAGCACAUGGUCACACAUUACUGGCCUGACUUGGCCGGACGUUUUGACCUUAUAUUGAACUUUACAAGUGCAAAGUCAGUUUAUAAUGGAGACAUUGGAUUCAUGCUGGAUUUGCGCUCACAAUGGUACAAUGCUGACCCACGUGAGCCCAGUAUAUAACCCCAAUCGCAGUCAUCUCAGUACGAUCAUAUCCAAGUAUAUUGGCCCAAUACUCAAAGAGCAAAGUCGAUUUUAUAUUGGGCCGACAUUGUCGAGAAGUUGAAUAUAUAUAGGAUUUAAUACUGCCAAGAUUUUGCUACAGUGUUAAUCGGUACAAUGUUGACAAAAUAACGGUACAAUUCUGCUCAGAGACUAUUGUUGAAGAACCCCUUGCUUAUCAAUCUUUCCAGCCUUAUCUGACCUAGUCACCAUGGCAAGCUAGCAUGAUGUACCAGCUCUGCUAUGGUGAAACAAAAACUAUGUUCGGGAAGAUGCAGAUCCUGCUGACACUUUAUGAAAUUAUGACGGUUUAUAAAAUCAUUAUCAGUAUCUAUCUAAAACUCUCACAUUCCAUGUAAAAGAGUGGUCGACAAGCGACAUCUAUCAUCCACUAAGAAACAAAGAGAAUCAGACACAGACACACGAUUUCGAGCUGGUUUACCGGGUACUAGCUGAUUCCAGGUCCACCCCUAUGAGGUCACACGUGGAACGUGGCAAAAAUAGACAAGGUCAAGGCUGCGGGUUACAGACAUGGAACCUGCAUGAACUCUCUAGCUUAUCUGUCUACAGACCAAACCCACACGACAGAUGUGUGACACAAUGGGCCUAAGGUCAGAAGAUUGUGUUUUGUAUGUCAUGUAGUUGCAGUCUACAUUGAUACAUGGCAACAACAACAUUCAGCUGUCACUCACAGCUCUCCGCGAGAGAAGAAGGGAGGAAGGUUGCAGUCGGUGAAGCGUGACCCAGUUAGCACACAUCGCUGUUGUUUGUAGGUCAGGUCAGACUUAUAUAAGGUUCCUGCAAGUGUCAUUCGCUCAGACCGAGACUGCACGCUUGUUGUUCUGUCUUUCGUCGACACUAACAAAGGUGCAAACACAGAAACCUGUGAAAAUGGUGGUUGGCUUUGAGAGCAGCAUCUGGAAUGUCUCCAGAGAAGUCAAGGUGACAGCGGCAGUGUUUGCUGUAACACUAGUUGCUGUGAAGUUAAUGAGCUCAUUAAGCAAGGGACGCUACAAGCUGCCGCCUGGCCCCAGGAACUUGCCCUUAGUGGGUUACCUCCCGUUCCUUGGGAAGCACCCCACAGUUGUCUUUUCUUCUCUGCGGAACAUUUACGGAGAUGUGUUCAGCAUCCAAAUGGGCAGCUUCCCGGCCAUCGUACUCAACGGGAUGGACGCCAUCAAAGAAGCUCUUGUAACCAAGGGAGACGACUUUUCCGCCAGACCACCGUUCACCACCGCCAGACUCCUGAAUGAGGGCAGGAAUUUUGGAUUUGCGGCCUUCGGACCCAUCUGGAAAGCUCACCGCAAAAUUGUUAGCAAUGUCAUGUAUGCCUUUAGUAACGCCAGAAAUAAUCCCAUUGAGGACAUCAUUGUGUCGGAGGCCAUCACUGUUGCUGAGGAGUUUGCUGCCCACGGAAACAAACCUUUUCAGCCUUCCGACGCUGUCACCAUGGCAGCGUCUAGUUUGAUUUACCAGCUUUGUUAUGGACGAAACAAAAACAUUCGAGAAGAUCCAGACUUCGCUAGUACUCUGAAAAAUGGCAAAAAGUUUAGAGAAUUCACCAGCACAGGAAAUCCCGUGGACGUGAUGCCGUGGCUCCGGUACAUCAUGCCAUGGAAGGUCAGCACCUUUCUAGAAAUCACAGGUGCAUCCCUUGUCAGGAGAACGAAGAAGGUGGAAGAGCACAAGAAAACAUUCGAUGAGGAGCAUCUUCGGGACAUCACUGAUGGACUGCUCCAUGCAGCCAAUCACCUGUCUGAUGAGGACAAAGCUGUGGGGCUGGACAGUACUCGAGUCAUUGAAAGCAUUGAUACAAUUUUUGGAGCCGGUGGCACAACAAUUGCUUCAUUUCUUGAUUGGAGUGUUCUGCUCAUGGCGGCUUUUCCCCAAACCCAGGAGAAAGUAUUCCAAGAGAUAGAGGACGUUGUCGGUCAAUCCCGCUACCCGUGUCUCGCUGACCGUUCCCGUCUACCCAUGGUUGAGGCCACCAUCUAUGAAAUUUUUCGAUUUAGCUGUCCAGUUCCUUUUGCUUUGCCUCACGCCACAGUCUGCGACACAACUGUACAAGGCUACGAUGUUCCUGAAGGAACAGUGGUUCUGGUCAACCUCUAUUCCGUUUUCCAUGAUCAGGACACGUGGGGAGACCCCGAGAAGUUCCGACCAGAGCGUUUCCUGUUGGACAACGGUCAGCUGGACAAAGCCAAGACCGAGCAAGUGAUCGUCUUCUCCCUGGGCAGACGACGAUGUGUCGGCGAGUAUCUGGCGCGGAUGGAGGUCUUCCUGGCCUUCACCACCCUCAUCCAACGCUGUCGACUGUACAAGCCACCCGGGGCACCCGACUACACACUGGGGAGAGUCUUCAGACUUGGUUGUGACCCAGAACCGUACGAAGUGUGCGCUGCUCGAAGAGAGUAACUUGAAUAAUGUUCUUUGUUAAUGGGUACCGUUCUCUUUACAAUGUAAGAGGGGCUUGACAGAAACACCAAAAACUAAAAUUUGGAUCAUCAUCGUCGAGAUGAACAUUAUUUACUUUCUUGUAACUUAAAGCUUGUUUUAUAAAUCAUGUAUGAAAGUUAAAUAGUGUCUGGCUCCAUUGCUAUCGUUUAAGGCGUAUGCCAUUGAAAACGUGCCCAGUGUUGUAAUUCACUGAAAAAAUAUAUGAAAUAAAGUAGUUUGAAAGUACA